AUGGCGAACAUUAGUACCGAAACGCUUGCUCAAUUUUAUGGAGUGCUUUUAUAUAAGAAGAAGGAUAUAGUAGCCAUUCAGGAAAAACUCGGUAUGUUAGCUCUGGUAACCAUUGGUUGGGUCCUGGAGGGACCUGGCAAUGCAAAUAAAUUAGCAGUGCCUCCAGAUUCCGAGCUCAUGGGAAAAACACUUGCUGAUUCGAAAAAUCUCAGCAUCGAUAGUAAUCCCAUUCUAGAAGAGGCACUCCGAGGCAAUAAAGCUUCUACGGAUAUUUUAUUUGCAAUUCAAGAAGAGGUUGGUAUUGUGGGUUAUUCUAACCAAGAAAGGGCAGAAGAAGCUGAUAAACCGCAAGAGAAUAUCUUCGAAAGUUUGAGGAUUUCCAUGGUUGGUCCCUUAGAAGAUGGUCUAGGUGUGAUUUUACCGAAAUAUUGUGAAAUGGGUGUAAAGAAAUUUUGGUUUACUGGAGAGGGACUACCGUUAUUUCCGAAGGUCACUCCUCAACAAUUGCACGAAAUUUUC